GUUUGAAAUUUGCAGAAAAACAUGAUCGUUUCUUGACCGGAAAUUGCUUUUCACCACUCACCGCUGCCAUUUUCAUAGCUCCUGCCCCAGCCAUUACCAUCCCUCCCGUAGGACCAGAGCAGUUCUGGACGACCAACGCAAUUCGAGGAGCAGAUCAGAACAGCAGCAAUUUCGGUUCUACCGCACUCUCUCUCUCUCUCUUUCUGUUUCUCGUCAUCAUUGGGAGCUCGCUGGCGCAAUCGAUUUCGUCAAAAUUGUCGCCCCACGGCAACCCGGUGGUGGGGUGGUCGGUGGAGGAGGAGCAGCAGCAGGGAAGGGUUGUUGUUGUAGCAGCAGCAGCAGCAUCAGGACAACUCCGUGUAUCGUUCCCGACGAGCUUGGCCCCGUGGUGGAACAACGACGCUGGCCGGGACGACGCAGAGAGAUGAGAUGAGGCUGCUACACGGCGUUAGUUUCAUCAUUUUCGCUGCCGUUUCAGUAUGCGCGGGAAAUCCUGAUGCAAAACGUCUCUACGAUGAUCUUCUCAGCAACUACAACAAACUAGUUAGGCCUGUUGUGAAUGUCACAGACGCAUUGACCGUAAAAAUAAAGCUCAAACUGUCCCAACUAAUUGAUGUGAAUUUGAAAAACCAAAUUAUGACCACCAACCUAUGGGUAGAGCAGACGUGGUAUGACUACAAACUCAAGUGGGAGCCAAAAGAGUACGGUGGCGUGGAAAUGCUGCACGUUCCCUCCGAUCACAUCUGGCGGCCGGACAUUGUGCUGUACAACAACGCAGAUGGAAACUUCGAGGUGACACUGGCCACGAAGGCCACCCUCAACUAUACGGGCCGCGUCGAGUGGCGGCCACCGGCCAUCUACAAGAGUUCCUGCGAGAUCGACGUGGAGUACUUUCCCUUCGAUGAGCAAACGUGUGUGAUGAAGUUCGGCAGCUGGACGUACGAUGGCUUCCAGGUAGAUCUUCGUCACAUCGAUGAAGUUAACGACACCAACGUGGUGGAGGUGGGUGUGGAUUUGUCCGAAUUCUACACCUCGGUUGAGUGGGACAUCCUCGAAGUUCCUGCAGUGAGAAAUGAAAAAUUCUACACAUGUUGUGACGAACCGUAUCUUGAUAUCACCUUCAACAUAACUAUGCGUCGCAAAACACUGUUUUAUACCGUAAACUUAAUUAUUCCUUGCAUGGGCAUCAGUUUUCUAACGAUACUGGUAUUUUACCUGCCGUCGGAUAGUGGUGAAAAGGUAAGUACCAAGUACAAAGGCAUGUUAAGCAAUUCAGUAUAUCAGGUGUGACCACUUGCUGGUUUU